GACUUGAAAAAAGAAGAGACGCUGACUAAUAUUUAUUGCCUAUUCUCUGGGUAUACAUAACAGAUGCUUGUUUUACCCCGUUUUGUUUAGGCUAAUGACGGAAGACUAAGAUAAUAUAUCCAAAUAAUAGAGCUUGUUUUCAAGUUGUCCACGAUUAUAGGAAAACUCUGCGAGAUAGUUUCUCGCUGACCAUUCAGAAAAAGAAACUAGAACAUUACUACAGCCUCUUCCUCAUCAUCCUGGACAUGCCCGUCUUAGGAUUGAUUGCCAGAGUAAUAAGAUUGAUCAUCUUUAUCUUAACCAGACCAAUAUGCUGUCUGAUACGUCGGUUACUGGGAUCCUUCACCCAAAGCUCAAUCUGGAAACGUUGGAUUAAUGGCGAAAAGGAUACAAGCGAUUCGCUGGAUCAGGAUGUCGAAUUAGCCCUAUCAGCCGGCGUCCCAGGCCGACUCUGCUACAAGGAUCUCGUUUCUGCGACGAGCAAUUUCUCAGACAAGCAAAAGCUCGGCCAAGGUGGAUUUGGUUGCGUCUAUAGAGGAUUACUGAGUAGCAGCAAGCAACAAGUGGCGGUGAAGAAGAUCUCAAGCAACUCCAAACAAGGAAUCAAAGAGUACCUGUCGGAGAUCAAGAUCAUCAGCCGGCUUCGGCAUCGGAAUCUGGUGCAGCUCGUGGGUUGGUGCCACGAGCGCUCCGAGUUCAUCCUCGUCUACGAGUUCCUCCCCAAUCGAAGCCUCGACUGGCACCUUUUCCCUAUGAAGAAGAAUAGUUGCUCGCUCACAUGGGAGGUCAGGUACAGCAUCGCCCUCGGCCUCGCCUCGGCGCUGCUCUACCUUCACGAAGAAGCGGAUCAGUGCGUGGUGCACAGGGACGUCAAAUCCAGCAACGUGAUGCUGGAUUCCGAUUUCAACGCGAAGCUGGGCGACUUCGGGCUGGCCAGGCUGGUGGACCGUGAGGUCGGCCUGAAGAGCACGGCCGUGGCAGGGACGUUCGGCUACCUGGCGCCGGAGUGCUUCGCGACCGGCAAAGCCAGCAAGGAAUCGGACGUGUUCAGCUUCGGCGUGGUGGCGCUGGAGAUCGCGGCGGGGAGAAGGGCGGUGGAGCCGAGCAAGGACGAUGAGGAGGUGAGGCUGGUGGAUUGGGUUUGGAGGAUGCACGGCGAGGGGACGCUGCUGGAGGCGGUGGAUCGGAGUCUCGGCGAGGCGUUUGGUGGGAAGCAGGCGGAGUGCUUGAUGCUGGUGGGAUUGUGGUGCGUGCACCCGGACAGAGAGCAGAGGCCGUCGAUGAGGCAAGUGGUGCUGGCCCUCAACUUUGAGGGCCCAGUUGCAGAAAUCCCUAGGGAAAUCCCUGUGCCAGUGUUUGUUCGACCUCCGACUCAGGACCCGAACUUUUCUAUUCCAACCAUUACAGAUGCAAAUCUCAUAACCGGCCGAUGAUC